AUGGAAUUCUCCACGUCUAAAUCUCUCGGAUCUCCUUCAGUCUCCCUCCUACCGAGGGGACUCCCUGCAGACACACCCGUCUCCAUCCGCUCAUGUCGCUGCGGCCUCAAUUACCCAAACGGUUGCGAAUGGCACAUCUUUCACCCUGGAGGAAAGGUUCUCGUUAUCCACCACAAAAAAUCUUCCGAGGAACCUGCAGAGGCUCAACGCUCUCCUCCUAAUUCGCCCUCCAAUCUCACCUCGGUCUCGUUAACUGAGGGCCAGCUCAACUCUUUCGGGUUUGGUUACCACAAGGAUGCUACGUUCACCCUCACGCAAAACUUGUCAAAGCAGACGGACUUGGAUCCAUGGGUACAGGUAUUAAAAGACGGAAGAAACCAAUGCUUGGGUUGUGAUGUCGAUAUAGAUCCAAGGUAUUGGACCGAGCAUCGGGAAGUCUGUCGUGGCAUCGAAAUGAGAGUCGUCGAUGUCAUAGCGGACGCUUGGGAAAAGGAAGCGAAGAACGGGUCCUUUGCGUCUCGUGCCCUCGGGAUUUUCUCUCUACUCGUUAUAAUUCGUACCGAGAUUAUAUUCUAUCUGCGAAACGUUCAUCGAAGGCCGUAUUGGGGAUCAACCGUCCCUACUAAAUCGGAUAUCGACACGAGAGAAAAACGAUCAGCACAAGAAAAGGUCAAGAGCUUAGGGUUUAGAAAACCGGCAUAUGAAAGAAAACUGAAAAAAUUGCCAGAUCCAUUCCUCGGCCUGAACAGCGGGCCCGGGACCAACCACACGUUGGCUUUUCAUCCAUCAUCCAUACUUAUCUCUCUAAUUCUUUCCUCGAUAACCUCUUAUUACAUGAUUAUGAAGAAGUGA